UUGCCGGCGCUCGCAGCGAUCGGUCGAUAGGAUGGCGAGCUCCGACGGAGCGAUGAUAACGGCCGUUGCCGGCCGCGGUAUCUCGUCUGCUGAUGAUUAUAAGAUACUUCUGCCUUCUCUGCCUUCUGAAGCAGCCACUGUGAAUUCUGUUUUUCUACACUGCGACGUAACCGGCCGUCCGUACCGAAUUGAGGACUUUCGAGAAGAACUGCAACGACUGCAAAUCCUCGGCGACGUGGCGUCUUUUGGCGCCUAUCAAAUGAACCACGUGUGGCUCGUCACCUUCCACUCUGCGUCAACGAGGAACCGGCUGCUCGCCGCCAAGGAACUGACUGUCAAAGGCAAGCGAUGUAUCCUCAUAGACCCGAAGAACUCGGAAACCUGUCUGAAACUUCACUGGGUACCUUAUCACGUCCCCGACGACACAGUUCGACGAGCACUGGAGCCAUAUGGCAAAGUACACGAAGUAACCCGUGAGACGUGGAGAGCCCAAGGUUUUCAAGGAGUCCAGUCAACAACAAGGCUUGUUCGGAUCACUCUGAAGGAAGGCGUCAGUAAAGAAAGCGUCCCGCAUCAACUGCGUUUCUUCGGCGGCUCUGCACUCGUCCUAGUGCCCGGACGAGCCCCGCUCUGCCUCCGGUGUAAGAAGACCGGCCACAUCCGAAAGGACUGCCGCGUCCCCCGUUGUGACGAUUGCCACCGCUACGGCCACACAAGGGAAAACUGCGUCAAAUCUUACGCAGUGGCAACGGCUGGACCACUUCCGGACGAGAACACCGACCUUAUUAUGGACGAAGCGGAAGCCGAGCUAGCUGCCAGUGCGAACGCCACAGUAAGGACGCUUCCUGCGGCCCCGAGGAUUGCCGAAACGCCGACGUCUGGAACCAGGGAACCUUCUCCACAGGUCGAGCUCCCCUCGGACGCUCCCUCUAGGGAACCACAACAAGGUGGCAUGGAAGCGCCUGUUACAACGCCGGAGAAAGAGUCGCAACUUACAGCCAAGAUACCAGAGCCAGAUGGUGGGUUCUCUGACAGCGAAAUGCGGGACGAAGCUAUGGUAGCGGGAGCCGCUACACCAACCAAGCGACCGCACGAGCAAGACCGAAGCCCUGGGGCAGAGGACGGUAUGCCGACCCAACAGCGUUCGAAACUGGUCACGCCGUGUCGCGGACGGCGCAAGCCGCCCACGCUCCGUGCGGCUCUGGACAACCGCCUCGAGACGGACUCUUAGCACGGAACCUGGCACGAACCUUCUACCGCGGCUCGUAGUGAGUGCUUCUCCUUGCUAGUUCGAGCGCGUCAGUAUAGGGUUUUAGGUUUCCUACCUCUUUCCUAGCUAAC